GAAAUCUCUGCUCUCUUCGGUGAUGACGUUCAGCGAAGGGGAAACACUGUUCCUAAAUGGAAGAGUGACGGACAUGGAGCUGAAGCCGAUGGUGUGUCUAGUCUGUGGCAGAGCAUCCAAUACGGGUCAUCACUAUGGAGUGACCGCUUGCCUCGGUUGUAAAACCUUCUUCAGGAGGGUCGUCCUGCAGGGAACACAACCGAAAUGCAAAUUCCAAAACAAAUGUCUCCUUGUUAAAGGCGCUCAUGCGAAGCGAAUUUGCCGAAGCUGCCGAUUUACAAAGUGCAAAGAGAUAGGAAUGAACGAGCAAGCGCUGCAUCCCUGUCGAGAUCUCAUCGGGAGAAGACAAACAACCCAGUCCGACUCGAUCUCACCAUCUGACAGUCCGUCGUCAUCGUCAUCGUCAGGGGGCAAGCUUUCACCGGCUUCGGAGGAAGCGCUAUAUUUCUUAUAUGGACUCAGGGAUAUGGACUCACAGAUCCGACGAAGCUAUGCGGCCAGACGAGGCCAUUGCAUCGUCGGACCUGAGCAGGACAGGUUCUUCUACAAUCCGAUCUGCGAUUUCUCAGACGUGGCCCCGAAUGGUGAGCUGUCCGAGUCGAUUCGUGGUGAUAUCGCGAUGGCAGUCGAAUGGGCCGAACAGGUUCCCUCCUUCCACAUGCUCUCCCCACUUCUUAGACGUCAUCUGCUUCACCGAUUUUGCUUGAUGUUCGUGACCAUCGAGCAUGAUCGCACAUGUCUAGUACGGAAUCUGGAUGCGAUUCCAGAAGAAAUCAAACUUCACCUCAAUCCCAAGAUCUCCAUGGCUCAACAGCUUCUCUACCCACUCACUGCAGUGCUGAUCGACGAAAUCGCUCAACCAUUGCGAAAAUUGCGACCCGCUCCCGAGGAAGUGGCUGCUUUGAAAGUUCUCAUGCUCAUGAAGCCGACAAUUAUCCGCGAGACUGAAGGAAUUCCUUUGGCAAACUCGGAUGAGUUGAAGAUUCUUUCCGACGUUCGCGAUAAAGUGUUGACUGGGCUUCACGCUUAUUAUUGUGCUAGCGGAGAAGAAAAUCCGGAAGAACGGCUAAGUGAUCUACUCAUGCUGAGCGGAGGCGUUGCGAUUUGUGCAGCCCAGGAACUGGAAGGUCUGCAUCUGUUGCGGUUUUUCGACCUGGCCAGGUUCGACGACGAGUGCUCGAAAUUGUUAUUCGGUGACUAAUUUCAAAUGGCCUUAACUGCUGUUUUUUCUUAUUCCACAUAUACUUCUUCAUAUUAAUCAAAUUUGUACUUUAUGUGUGCUGAUUACAGUAAUCAUAACCGGUUAUCCCAAUGUGGAAGUAGGGUUUUGUAGAGGACCUCGGUGGUCUCAAGUGUACCAGUUUUCCGUGUUUAUACAUACACAUAUGGUUUGUAGCAAAUGCAUCAGUUCUUGUGCCUUACUUUAUGACUUGCAAAUAUUACCGAUUACGGUGUUCAGCAGGAGAAAUAACGAUAACUGAGAUCAACGAGAUUAGUUUAGAGUAGUCUUUGUUUGCAAUAGUUUGUUGUGAUUUUUUGUUGAUAUUCGCUUGUAAAAUAGCAAUAGUACCGUUUACCUGGGCGUAUCGCAUACAGGUACAGCACCGGUG